AUGGCUGCCUUGUGUAGAGGCAGGCACCGGUGGAAAAGGAUUCAUAGUUUAUUUGUUUUAACAAGAAACCUGUCAGGGAAGUAUGACUAUGACCUGGUGGUUAUUGGUGGCGGUUCAGGAGGGCUUGCCUGCUCCAAAGAAGCAGCACAAUUGGGACAGAAGGUUGCCGUUUUAGAUUAUGUGGAGCCAUCUGUCAAAGGUACCAAGUGGGGGCUUGGCGGUACGUGUGUUAAUGUCGGCUGCAUUCCUAAGAAGCUCAUGCACCAGGCCGCUCUGCUUGGCACUGCAGUCAAAGAUGCUAAGAAGUUCGGCUGGCAGAUCCCAGGGCCAGUCUGCCAUGACUGGGCGACCAUGGCAGAUGCUGUUCAGAACCAUGUCAGGUCACUGAACUGGGGUCACAGAGUUCAGCUCCAGGACAAGAAAGUAAAGUAUCUUAACGUGAAAGGAAGUCUGGUGGACGAACACACUGUUAAAGGAUUAACCAAAGCAGGAAAAGAGAUGGUCGUCACUGCCAAGAACAUCGUCAUCGCUACAGGUGGACGGCCUAAGUACCCCACGAAUAUCCCUGGAGCGAUGGAGCAUGGCAUCACCAGUGAUGACAUAUUCUGGCUGAAAAAAUCGCCCGGAAAAACACUUGUGGUUGGAGCCAGCUAUGUGGCACUGGAGUGUGCAGGGUUCCUCACAGGUAUCGGCUUAGACACCACAGUGAUGGUUCGCAGUAUCGCCCUCCGGGGGUUUGAUCAGCAAAUGGCAGGUCUUGUGACAGACUACAUGGAGACAUAUGGUACCAAGAUUGCAUGGAAAUGUUUCCCAAAGAGAGUGGACAAACUGUCCUCGGGAGCCUUGCAGGUUACCUGGAUUGAUACCCAGACAGGCAGCGAGUACAAGGACACCUACGACACCGUGUUAUGGGCAGUUGGUAGAGCCCCUGAAACCAAAGCCCUGGGCCUUGACAAGCUUGGUGUCCAAGUCAACAAGGAGACGGGGAAAAUAGUUUUAGGUGCUGACGAAUCCACAUCGAUGCCAAACAUAUACGCCUUUGGUGACAUUGGGGAGGGUCGUCCUGAGUUGACUCCGACAGCUAUAAAAGCGGGAAAGCUUCUCGCCCACAGACUGGUUGGUCAGAGCACUGAGAUCAUGAACUAUGACAAUGUGCCUACCACAGUAUUCACGCCGCUGGAAUACGGCUGUGUAGGUUUGUCAGAGGAGGAGGCGGAGAAGAGGCAUGGGAAAGACGGCAUAGAGGUCUACCAUGCUUUCUACAAGCCUCUGGAAUUCACCGUCUCUGAGCGAAAUAGCAGCCAGUGUUACAUAAAGGUGGUGUGUGAGCGUGAUGGAGGUCAGAAGAUCCUGGGUCUGCACUUGACUGGUCCAAACGCUGGAGAAGUCACGCAGGGAUUUGCUUUGGGCUUUCAGUGUGGGGCAACAUAUUCCCAUCUGUUGCAGACAGUAGGCAUCCACCCGACAUGUGCAGAGGAGGUGGUCAAGGUCCACAUCACCAAGCGCUCUGGCUUGGACGCCACUGUCACCGGUUGCUGAGGUUAAGCUCCUCGGUCUCUGAGCACUAGUGAGCACACAGGCUCCCUCAAUGGCAGUAGAAAGAAGUUAGCCUGGGCGUUUCGCGCUUUCUCCUCCUCCUCCUCCUCCCUCUCCCGCGCUGACAUGGCCUCAUCAGAUUUAUGAUGUACCUCCUGUGCACUGGAGUCUCAUCUGAGGUCAGUCAUAGAAGUCCUGCCUAGGUGUAGUUGGUCAUGUGAUAACCAAGCCUGUGUAUCGGACAUUCACACGUACACAUGUUGUGUGUAUGUUUUUUAAAAGCACACACCACUACAGAUCAGGUUAGUGAGUGCCAAAGCUGCAGAGUGAGCUUCUUUUAAAUAAACAGGCUCAUCAAUCAGGA